AUAAACAAAACAUUUUUCUCCCGCCGGAGAAACGUUUUGCUCUCUCUCGUCACCCUGCCAGCUUUGUCGUGUACAAGCGAAGGCCGUGGACGAACUUCGAGGACUCGCUUUUUUUUGGUCUGAACUCUUAAGCAGAAACGGGCUAACUGAAGCUCGACGCUUUUUUUUUUUUUUUUCAACCCAUUUUUUUGUCUGAACCGUCAGCGCGUGGUGGUGAGCUGUUGUUCCACCGAGCCGACCUAAACGCUAAACAGCGUCCUACCUGCGUUUUAUCGACAUGGUGAAGCUAACAAAGGCCAAGACUUUUCAGGCUUACCUGGAUUCCUGCCACCGCCGUUACAGCUGUGUGCACUGCCGCGCCCAUCUGGCUAACCACGACGAUCUCAUCUCCAAGUCUUUCCAAGGCAGUCAAGGACGAGCCUACCUGUUUAACUCUGUGGUCAACGUCGGCUGUGGUCCUGCCGAGGAGAGACUUCUGCUUACAGGACUUCACGCAGUGGCCGACAUCUACUGUGAAAACUGUCACACCACUCUGGGUUGGAAAUAUGAACAAGCCUUUGAACUCAGUCAGAAGUACAAAGAGGGGAAGUACAUCAUUGAGCUUUCCCACAUGAUAAAGGACAACGGUUGGGACUGAAGAAGGAAAACCUUCUCACUUUUUGACUUUUUAAAGAAAAAGGUUGCAUGCCCUCAGAUGUUAAAGGGUUUAAGUGUAGCUUCCUCAUCCAGCCUUCAAGCCAUUGCCGUGCCACACUUUUCACUUCGUACAACUUCGCUAAGAAUAGCAUGUGAUGCCUUAUCUUCGUCUGUUCAUGCUUUUCCAGCAACACAUUUGCUGAUAUUGUUAUUCCAGUUAUUAGUUGGUCUGGGACUGAAUAGCUGUAUGAUGUGUGUGUGUGUGUGUGUCUGUGGAAGAGUGGGUGUUGUUACACAAGAGCCACCACUGUGGGUUGGAUUUUAAAGCAUUUAAUGCAGUAAUAAACUUUCUAGUGAUCACUAAAUGCUCUGAAGUGAGGAACAAAUGAAAGUUAACGUGAUCUUUCACUUCCUGUUUGAGUUUCAGAUUCAGUGUCAGGGUUCGUUUAACGGUAAAUAGUUUUUAAGUAAACUUUGUGGGGUAUGGGAAUACAUAGAGCAGCAGGCAAGCUCUUUUUUUUUUUUUUUUAUGAACAAAAUUAUAUUUUUAUUGUACAAUCAGUAGUCGGGGUGCUGAAUUUAUGAUUUUAAAGGCCAACAAAUAUCUCCUGCGAGAAAGAUUGAAUCUGUAGUUUGGAGUCUUGUUCAGAGGAAAGUUUUUUUUAAUUUUAUUAUUAUUUUUAAGAUGCUUGUUUGCAGUGUGUGCUGAAGUAUCGUGAGCUGGACGAUGUUGUGAAGCAUUAGUCUGAAGCUGAUUCACUUCUAGGACGUUUCACUGCACACCUGAGAUGGCUUUGCUUCCAUUUAAAGCU